AUGGAUAUUUGGAGACCUGAUAAAGAUGUAAUUGAAGGCAAAGAGGGAAGAUUUCGUGAGACUCUGCUUGGCAAACGGGUCGAUUAUUCGGGGCGUUCCGUCAUUGUCGUGGGUCCUCCACUUUCAUUACAUCGAUGUGGAUUGCCCCGCGAAAUAGCAAUAGAGCUUUUCCAAACAUUUGUAAUUCGUGGUCUAAUUAAACAACAUCUUGCUUCGAACAUAGGAGUUGCGAAGAAUAAAAUUCGGGAAAAAGAUCCCAUUGUAUGGGAGGAAGUUAUGCAAGGACAUCCUGUUUUGCUGAAUAGAGCGCCUACUUUGCAUAAAUUAUGGAUACAGGCAUUCCAGCCCAUUUUAGUAGAAGGGAGCGCUAUUUGUUUACAUCCAUUAGUUUGUAAGGGAUUCAAUGCAGACUUUGAUGGGGAUCAAAUGGCGGUUCAUGUACCUUUAUCUUUGGAGGCAUCACUUAUUGAUUGUCAAUAUAUGUUUACUAUUGUUGAUGAUUUUAGUAGAUAUACUUGGAUAUACAUGAUUAAAUCAAAAAAUUCUAUUUAUCAAAUAUUCAUUGAUUUUCAUGCUAUGAUUAAAAGACAAUUUCAGUUAUCAAUUAAAAUGGUUAGAACUUAUAAUGGUAGUGAAUUUUUAAGUCAUCAAUGA